AUGACUCAAAUUUCUGAAUUUAUCCUUUUGGGUUUUGGGAAUCUCUAUGGCUUUCAGUUUCUUCUUUUUGGAAUAUUUCUGGUCAUCUAUGUGAUGACUCUCAUGGGCAACAUUGUAAUUCUAAUUGUGGUGUCAUCUGAUCGCUCUCUUCACACUCCCAUGUAUUUCUUUCUUGGCCACUUCUCAUUCCUAGAGAUUAGUUACACUACAACAAUAGAGCCUAUGAUGCUGAGAACAUUGUUAUCAGCUCACGUCCCUAUUUCCUUCCCAAGUUGUGCUUGCCAGUUUUAUUUUUUUGCUUCUCUGGUGGCUACAGAAUGCUUCUUCCUGGCUGUUAUGUCUUAUGAUCGCUACAUUGCUAUCUGUAACCCAUUGCACUACUCCAGCAUCAUGGAUCAUGGUGGUUGCUUACAGCUAGCUAGUGCUUCUUGGGUGGCUGGGUUUCUAGCACCCAUCAUUCUCAUGGUCCUGAUUUUCAGAUUAACAUUCUGUGUAGCCAAUGAGAUUGAUCACUUCUUCUGUGAUUUGAAGCCAAUCAUGAAGCUAGCCUGUACAGAUACUCAAGUAGCUGAGAUGGCUUCUUUUAUAUGCACCUCACUAUUUGCCCUAGGCCCCUUCCUACUAACUCUGGCUUCUUAUACACACAUCAUCUCCACCAUUCUGAGAAUUCCCUCAACCACAGGGAAGCAGAAGGCUUUUUCAACCUGUUCCUCCCACCUAACAGUGGUCAGUCUGUAUUAUGGGACAUUAGGUAUUGUCUAUGGUUUCCCAUCAGGGCCUGAGUAUGAACACUUACUAAAGUUGCUUUCUCUACUUUAUACAGUAUUUACUCCUGCCCUCAAUCCUAUUAUUUAUACCUUAAGGAACAAGGAUGUAAAAGUAGCCCUGAGAAAAUUGGUGCAAUGA